GACACGUAUUGUAUUUUCUCGCAGCUGCUUGCAAUAUAUUAGAAGCAAUAAAUAAACCAAAAUGUGGGAGCAGUUAGCGAGAUAUCGCAAUCACUUUCUGCAAUACGAGAUCAAGGAUGUGCUGAAGCCGACCUCCAUCAAUAGCCAGCAGGAUAAGGUGUGGACUCAGGCCAUGGAGAAACGCAAUAUUUGUAGGUGCACUCCGUAUUGCUGCAAUUCGAGCUCCACGCACCUGGAGGAUCGUGCUCAAUUGGCCUACGGCUGGUUUGCACUGCCCAAAUUGCUAAAGGAACUGGAUAGUGAUGUUCGCCUGACCCACUGGAGGGCAGUCGUGUCGUUGUCGGAAUUUCUUCUAAAUCCACUGAAUGCACAGAGAGCUAUCACCGAAAUGGAUCUUGUGAGAAAAUUGAAAAAUGCCUUUAUGCGAAUGAGAUUGAAGCAUCACGAAGAGGAGCACCGGGAGGGGGAGAUGUAUCUUAGGAUUUAUAAUAUACUCUCCCGCAAUUUCGAUGGCGCCGAAAAUAUAGCCAACCGCAAGUGCUUAAGAGUGGAGUUUUAUAAAAUCAUUAAGAGCCAAGAGUCUAUUAAGGAUGAUUUGGCUUCAGAGAUAUUGCGAAAUCUGACGUGCAAGCCAAAAGUUCUGGGUAUAUUCCUGGAGGAUCCUGAAAACUUUUCCGCCUUGGCUGAGAUCUUCAGGCAGGAUCCGUGCCGUCCGCAUUAUCCUUUGCAUUUGUGGCACCACCUGUGUCACAUGCUGGAAGUGGCGCCCGAUCAGGGAAUCGAGCUGGGCUUCUUUGAGCUGCUGCACUCGCGAAUCCUAAAUCGUUUGUCCAAUUUCUGGGACAUCAAUACCAAGGCAUUUGCGCUGCUACUCUGCUGUGCCGAGGGUCAGCGGCGUUUCGAUGCCGUGGAUGGUGUAAGCCUGCUUUACGAGGUCUUUGCCCAGCCCGAUGAGAAUCCGCGGCUGUUGCUGCCACGCCAGAAGGUGGAAAACUGGGAAUAUACGGUCCUGGCCCUGCUCAAUGGCCUCCAUAGCAAGCGGGCCUUGUGGCGCAGCAGGGAGUUCACCCAACUGCCGUGUUAUGUGGGUCGUCUGAUGGCCUCCACGACCGAUAAUCCCCGCCUGCAACUUUAUUGCCUAAAAGUGUUCCGGGAGCUGGGCGUAAUGCCCUGCAUUAAACGCUAUAUUAUUGGGAACUGGCUACAGGACAUUUGCAAGAUGUUCUGCCUGGAUGCUGAGGCGGAAUGCGCCCGGGAUUCACUGGUCGAUUGGCUGCGUCGGGAUAUCGCCGAUAGUAGUUAAAACACCCGCUUGCAGUUACUUUCAUCUGAAACUGAUUGUUUGUUACUGUGGAAACAUCGCUUUUCCCCGCUUUUCCCCGCUUUCUACCGCUCAGAUAAAUUCAAACCGUUUCAAUACCACCCCUGAUGUCCCAAAGAGAAUCCCCUGGUGUCCCAAAGAGAAAGCGGUUAAAAGAGGGGCAAUAAUCCUGGUAAAAAGAGAGAGAGCUUUGUCAGCUGUUUUGAAAAAAAAAAAAAAGUAAAUUGUAGUAAAUAUUUAGCACCUCUCGAACAUUCCGUUUGAUGUUUUUAAAUUCCUUAAAAAUAAAUUCAUCCUCCUCCCUGUACUUG